AUGCCACCCUAUAACACCCGUCACAAGACUGUGUCGCUGCAGACACUGGGCAUUCGAGUCCCUGGAACACAGACCCCCCGUGCCUCCACCACGAAUCGAGCUUCUCCGACCAGCGCCUCUCCGGUAUCCAUGGCUUCGCCAGCAUCGCUCUCAAGAGAUGACCAACCUCCAGCAAAAAAGUUAAAACGAGGCGCCAGCGAAGAGUCCGACGACGCGCCGACUUUGGAGCGGUUGCCCCGGAGCCGCGACGGUGCGGCCAAGCUCGACAACACUCCGCCACCCUCACCGCCCGCCGAGCGGCCCUCCGUCGAAAUGGGAGACGAAGAUCCGGUUCCCAAGGUCAUGGAUUUGGAAGGUAUAAAUGAUGAAAUAGUUGAGGCUGUCAUCACACGAUUGCAAAAUACCGGGAAUCGCCCUCAUUUGGUGAAGGAGUUGGCUGCAGUUUUGCUGCAGCAACUGAAAGUGGUUCAGCAAUCCGCAAACCCGUGCGCCAUCAUCUCGUCCCGGCUAGCGACCUACCUAAAGCGCCCGGGCUGGUCGGCCCUAGCCCCAUGCCCGCUAGCCAAGGAGCUGGAGUCGGUUCAUCCCCGCCGCACAUACUUCUAUUUGACCACUUGCCCCCGCCAACCGUUACCCGACCCGGCCCAGGCUGCGUCGCCCGAUCAUCUCAUUCACGGCCGAACCAUUGUCUCACCCAGUCCGUCGAGCGCGGGGUCCAGCUCGGCUGAAGAGUCCGACCUGGAAAGGCGGCGCGAACUCAGCCCGAGUCCCGAGGUCGACCUGUCAAGCCCGGAGCUCGACGACAUGGAUGACGACUUUGGCAUGCCCAGCACCCCAAUCGGCUCCUUCUCCCUCCGCGGGGGCUUCUACAUGCCCCCGCCACGCCUCAUACACGGCGAGUCUGGGCGCAACCACCGAGGGGCAUCGCCGCCACUAGAGAAGGAUGAAAAGGAGUUCACCCAGACGGCCGACGGUCUGCAGAAGCGCCUGCAAAAGCGCAAGCUGGGUGGCGAGCCGCCAAGCGACCAGACGGUGAGCAUAGAUCUCGAAAGGGACGAAAGCUCGCUGUUUGGUGUCAUGUCGGUCGGCAACCUGAGCGGCAUCUCCUUCGUAUCCAGUCCCGCGAUUCGCCCUUCCGCAGUCUCUAUCGCCUUCGGGAGGAAAGAGGGCGAACUGGAUAGCUGGCCCAAGCUAGAUGGCAUGUUGGAGUGGGACCGCAGUCCGGAGAACAUUGAGCUCGACGAGCUCGAUGGGCUCUUGGAUGAUUACUAA